GUUAAUGCGCUCCUGUGCAAGACUGACCCUUCUUUUCUGUUUCGCAUGAUCCUCCCAAGUGUACGUGUCACCUGGCUUUUAUACCGCGAAAGCCCCCGCGACUCAAACUUCUCUUUAUCUCCGGAAUCCGCCAUUGGGGUUAAAACUUUCGGACGCUCGGUUAGCAGCAACGAGGAGGGGGAACCAUUUCGUCAAGAACAUUUAGACAAAAAAAAAAAAAGAACAAGAAUAGUUUAUAUGUAGCCACACUGAGGGAACGCUUGGAAAUUUCCAGCAGAGCGACCCCCCCCCCUGCAAGUUAUUUUUACUUCAAGGGGAAACGACGAAUACGCAGGUUGGCGCGCGGCAAGUGAAGCUUUCGCCGCAUCCGAAUAUCCACCGGCGACAUCCCCCCCCCCACCUCGAACCCCCCACGGAAAAGGAACGAGGAAGAUACAAUCCUGGUGGAAUCUCGCGGUUCUGCAGUUCGGAUCCCGGAUUGAGUAAAUGGAUGGAAGGGAGCGGCUGUAGCCCCGGACCUGGGCGGCAAUUCACGUCACUCGAGCCUGCGGUGACACAUAAUGGAUACUCGCUCGUCUGCAAAGGUUAGAGAAUGAAUUGAUGAGGUGGUGGACUUCUUCUUCAGCACAAAGAGAGGAGAGGCUCUUGUUCACCGUCCGCAGUGGGAAUUCAAGGUGACCCCUAAGACUCAACAAAUGUGACACAAAUACGACUUUUACAAGGAAGAGGAACUAAAAUCUGCCUCCCACUUUGAAAUGACCAAGAUGUGUCUGGACACCUGAGUGGACCAACCAACCGUUCUUAUUACUGUCCCCUUUGUAUGAACUAACAUGGACAAAGUGGUCGUCAGUCUCCUGCUUCUGGGAAUCAUGUUUACAGUGGUCCAUGCAUGUCCCAAAUACUGUGUCUGCCAGAACCUCUCAGAGUCUCUGGGGACUCUUUGCCCCUCCAAAGGUCUGCUCUUCGUCCCACCGGACAUAGAUCGUCACACCGUGGAGCUCCGACUGGGUGGUAACUUUAUCCUCAAGAUCACCACUCAGGACUUUGCAAACAUGACGGGUCUGGUGGACCUCACCUUGUCCCGCAACACCAUCGGCACCAUCCAGCCCUUCUCCUUCAUUGACCUGGAGACCCUGAGAUCCCUUCAUCUGGACAGUAAUCGAUUGACCGAUCUGGGACCGGAUGACCUGAGGGGUCUGGUCAACCUACAGCACCUGAUCCUCAACAACAAUCAGCUGAAUAGCAUCUCCAAAGUCUCCUUUGAUGACCUGAUGCUGACCCUGGAAGAUCUGGAUUUGUCAUACAACAACCUUCGCAGUGUGCCUUGGGAAUCCAUCCGUAAGAUGGUAAACCUCCAUCAGAUGAGUCUGGACCAUAAUCUUAUCUCAUUCAUCGAUGAGGGAACUUUCACAGAUCUAGAAAAACUGGCUCGAUUGGACCUUACGUCCAACCGUCUGCAGAAGCUCCCACCGGACCCUAUCUUUGGCCGUUCCCAAAGCAGCAUUGGGAUGACCACUCCGUACGUACCUCCAUUAUCUCUAAGCUUUGGUGGAAAUCCAUUGCACUGCAACUGUGAAGUACUUUGGCUUAGAAGGCUGGAACGAGAAGAUGACAUGGAAACAUGUGCUUCUCCUACAAGUUUGAAGGGCCGCUACUUUUGGUCAGUCCGUGAGGAGGAAUUUGUUUGCGAGCCUCCUCUCAUCACGCAACAUACACACAAGUUGCUAGUGCUAGAAGGUCAAACAGCGAGUUUACGCUGCAAGGCCGUAGGUGAUCCAAUGCCAACCGUCCACUGGGUUGCACCAGAUGACCGCCUGAUCAGCAAUUCCUCCCGGGCCACUAUAUAUGAAAAUGGCACGCUGGAUAUUACAAUCACAACACCCAAGGAUUAUGGAACCUUUACUUGCAUAGCUGCAAAUGCUGCUGGGGAAUCGACAGCCUCAAUAGAGCUGUCAAUCAUUCAGCUCCCUCACCUGACGAAUGGUACAAACCGUACCACACAGUCCAAGUCUGGGCUUUCAGACAUAACAAGUUCUACCAAGAUCAGUAAGGGGGAGCCUAAAAUUCUGCCUGACAAUCCGGUAUCUGUCUCAGAAGUGUCUGCUGUCUCUGCCCUGAUAAAAUGGACUGUUAGCAAAUCAACUCCAAAGGUCAAAAUGUAUCAGCUGCAGUACAAUUGCUCUGAAGAUGAAGUCCUCAUUUACAGGAUGAUUCCCAUAACAAACAGAGCCUUUGUCGUCACCAAUCUUGUGCCAGGGAUGCAGUACGACUUGUGUGUCUUGGCUAUCUGGGAUGACAGUGCCACUACUCUUACGGCCACCAACAUUGUAGGCUGUGUCCAGUUCAUGACCACCGACGACUAUCCUCAAUGCCAGUCUCUUCACAGUGGUUUCUUGGGAGGCACCAUGAUCCUAGUCAUUGGAGGUAUCAUUGUGGCCACUCUACUUGUGUUUAUAGUCAUCCUCAUGGUCCGCUAUAAGGUGACCAAUGGCAUCCAGACAAUAAAAUUACCCUCUGUGAGUAAUACUUACUCGCAGACCAAUGGGGGGGUGAACAGGUUCAAUGGAGCCCCACCACAAGUCAAAUCUGCUGUCGUGGUCAUGCGUGAGGAAAUGGUGGAGUUUAAAUGUGGAUCCCUUCAAAGCAGUAUCUCCUCAUCUUCAUCCUCGUCUAACUCACUGGACAGUCAAACAGGAAGAAGGGUUGGUGACUGCUACAGCAUGCAGGGAGCUGAAUGCAGCACCCUACCUAGCAGCAAGUUCCGGAGACAUAGGCACAGCUCAAAACCGCAGCCAAACCUGGACCACCUUUUGGGAGCCUUCACCGCAAUGGAGCUGCGUGGGGUAUCAAGAGAACGUCAAGGGGUCCCAAGCCCAUCUAACACUUCCAGUGCCAUGAUAACGGGAGCUGUAGCACCCCUGUCCGACAAAGAACCUCUACUUGGAAGGGCAGAAUCCACCACCAUGUUGGGUCGUCUCCUUGGGCUACCUCAAGAAGGUAAACCCAAAAGAAGCCAUUCAUUUGACAUGGGUCAUGCGGGUGCCACGCAGUGUCGUGGGACCCAUCCUCGCAGGAUCAGUAACAUCUGGACUAAACGCAGUUUGUCUGUUAAUGGCAUGCUACUACAGUACGAUGACAAUGAGGACGACAAGCCUAGUUUUGAGAGCUCUGAGUGGGUAAUGGAGAGCACAGUUUGAGUACGGUUGAGCAAAUUCUAUGCCAAACAAUACAGUUAAACAAGAACAAAAGAUGUAGAAAUUCCAAAAGGCGGAGUAUUCCACAAGGGACCAGUUUUGGGGAUUUUCCAUUAAUUUCAACCAUGUGAUUACUGUUUAACAAAACACACAACUCAAACAGUCUCCAACUGCAUAUGAAUAAUGGUUCAUCUUUCUUGAGUCUUGGAUAAUGCACAAAUGGCCUGGAAUAACUCCUGCUCAACUUGGCACUUGACAGUAUCAAAAAGGGGAAAGAGAGAUGAAAAAUGCUGAGUGGAUUUACUGGGUCUUUAUCAAAUGACUUGAAUGCCAAGUGGAUUUUCCUCAGCUAUGGUGAAUGGGAUGUAGUUGUGUGUGACCCGCUACGUGAAAUGGGACUACUGCCACAAUUGACCGAAAGACCACAGGAUCACCAUAGGGACAUUUAAAACUUUUUACAUUUUACUUUCCUCUAGGUUUUCUAUCAUUUUUACUAUUUAUUAUUUGGGGUAAAUCAUCAAGCAGCAGUGGGCAGCAUACCAAUGGGGUUGUUCAAAAUAAUCUACAUAUCACAAAAAUGCAUCUUUCACACAACCAAUUUUGACCAACACCAAUUACGAUAUUACCCUUUUCUUAAGUAGAAGAAAGACAUGAGACCAUCAACUUUACCUUGAUUUCUACCCUGGGUAAAGUAUCAUGUAUUGCUAUUUCAGUAGUACUUCAAUUUCCAAGUUUAUUUGGUUCUGUAAUGGAGCUCUCAUCUCAUAUCACAACUAUUCCAAAUCAACAUUGCCCAUUCAAAUCAAUUUGAAUCGAUGUUUAAUCAGUGCUUGGCCCCUCCCAAAACACAACCGUUUUAGUUUGUUAUAUGCUAAUUGUUGACAAUAUUUACAGCACAAUGAAUCAGCAGAUUACCACAUGGGGGAGCAUUACCAUUCAAUUCUAUAUCAAUCUCAGAACAUUCUUGCCGACAGACAAAACACAAGAGACAUGCACAGUUUACAUCAAAAAACUAUCAGCUCAACAAAUUUACACCAAAUUACCGUAAAUUUAAAAACGGUUCCACUUUUAUUUUUACGAUCAUAUCCUGGCAACUGAGCUGCAAAUAUAUUAUCCUAAAAGCUCAAUCCACCAGUCAAUCAAAGUGUAUCUAUAUAGCUCUUAAUCACAAGUGUCUCAAAGGGCUGCACAAGCCACAACAACAUCCUCGGCUCAGAAAAGCUACUAACUUUAUUUUACAGUUCAGGAAAAGUAAGUAUUGUUUUUGAUAAAUCAUUUUUUUAAUCAUCCACUUCCCCUCAGCAUUUCUCUACGUCAAUGGUAAUAAAACAAUUUUAUGUUGCUCUCUAGGUACAAGAUAAUGCCAGCGAGAAAAACCCGAUACUUUGGCCAGAUCUUACGGAGUUUAUUCCGUCAACCAGAGACAGGGAGGCUCGUAACUCAAAUGUUUGCUGGCAAUUUAAAGAGUAAUAAACAGCCGAGAGACAGCUCGCAUCUCAAGAUACUUGUAAGUUAGGGUAUUCCAAGUCAAGGCACCACUGUACCCAUAUACAAAGACAGAAACAAAAAAAAAGCACAACUUUUCGGGUUUAUGUAUCCAUUUAUUUCCUCCAAUUAGGUCUUCAGUUGUAUUUUUUUUAUUCCGAGUUGUAAAUGACAAUAUCAGAAUCAGUCAGUAUUCAGAAUUACAAACUGAGAUGUCCGCGGUCUCCACUUUGAUGCCUUUCUCAAUAUCCUGUGGCUCUUUGCUGCAACUGAUUAUGUGGGUUGUUUAUAUGUUUUUUUUAAUAGUUUUGAUCCCCUAGGUGAAGCAUUCUGUACAUUUGGCAUAUUUUGUACAAUAACUGGGUGAGAAUGUAAACGUGGGGAACUUAUUUAGUGGUGUGUUUUUUUUGUUGUUUUUUUUUUCAUUGCAAGCAAACAGUGAAGGUGCUUUACUGUGGUGUACUAACUUGGUCAUUUUUAGCUGGCUCAGUGAAAUGGGAUUUUCCAUCAAACUGCACUUGUUCUAAACGUAAAACUUCUAAUUGCAGGGGGAAAUUGGAAAAUCCUGAGUCACAAAGUCCCUUUUUUUUUAUACUUUUGAAUUGGUCACCACUGGGUUACAAAACGUAUUUGGUGUUUGGUUAAAAUCCCCCAAAAAGGACAAAUACAACUGCAGCAUUUCCCAGAUGUGACACUCGGUGUUGAUAAGAGAAAUUUGUUUUAUGUGAAUGGACCAUUUAACUUGCUAGUUCUUCUUGUGUCCUCUUGUAAGAUCCCCUUUCACGCUGCUAACUAAGAAUACUGUUUUCUUCAUGACUUGGCAUAGUCAUGGUUGCCACUCAAGGCUCAAGUAAAAAAAAAAAAAGAAAAAAGAUUUAUGUGUGAAAACAUUUUUGCUAAGAAAAUUAUAUAAAAUGUUAAUAAAUUCU